AUGGCAUCUCGCUUGUCUCCACCAACUGCUGUCAGCUCAACCAUGGUAAGUCCGGUGGCAUCUCACACGUCUCCACCAACUGCUGUCAGCUCAACCAUGGUAAGUCCGGUGGCAUCUCACACGUCUCCACCAACUGCUGUCAGCUCAACCAUGGUAAGUCCGGUGGCAUCUCACUUGUCUCCACUAACUACUGUCAGCUCAACCACUGUAAGUCCGGUGGCAUCUCACUCGUCUCCACCAACUACUGUCAGCUCACCCGCGGUAAGUCCGGUGGCAUCUCACACAUCUCCCCCAACUACUGUCAGCUCAACUACGGUGAGUCCGAUGGCAUCUCGCUUGUCUCCACCAACUGCUGUCAGCUCAACCAUGGUAAGUCCGGUGGCAUCUCACACUUCUCCACCAACUACUGUCAGCUCAACCACUGUAAAUCCGGUGGCAUCUCACACUUCUCCACCAACUACUGUCAGCUCAACCACUGUAAAUCCGGUGGCAUCUCACUCGUCUCCACUAACUACUGUCAGUUCAUCCACGGUAAGUCCGGUGGCAUCUCCCACGUCUCCACCAACUACUGUCAGCUCAACCGCGGUAAGUCCGGUGGCAUCUCACACGUCUCCACCAACUACUGUCAGCUCAACCACUAAGUCCGAUGGCAUCUCACUCAUCUCCACCAACUACUGUCAGCUCAACCACUGUAAGUCUGGUGGCAUCUCACUCGUCUCCACCAACUACUGUCAGCUCAACCACUGUAAGUCCGGUGGCAUCUCACUCGUCUCCACCAACUACUGUCAGCUCAACCGCGGUAAGUCCGGUGGCAUGUCACACAUCACCCCAACUACUGUCAGCUCAACUACGGUGAGUCCGGUGGCAUCUCACUCGUCUCCACUAACUACUGUCAGCUCAACCACUGUAAAUCCGGUGGCAUCUCACUCGUCUCCACCAACUACUGUCAGUUCAUCCACGGUAAGUCCGGUGGCAUCUCACUCGCCUCCACCAACUACUGUCAGCUCAACCACUGUAAAUCCGGUGGCAUCUCACUCGUCUCCACUAACUACUGUCAGCUCAACCACAGUAAGUCAGGUGGCAUCUCACUCGUCUCCACCAACUGCUGUAAACAAGAUACCAAACACGUUUGAAAUUCAUACAUUAUUCAAAAGACACCCCAUUAUGACUGUGACCAUUCAAGUUAUAGUUUUUAUUGUUCUUGUUCUGCCUUAA